AUGAGCGGCGGCCGCAGCGGCCGGGCGGCGGUGAAGAUGGAGGCCGCGUUCUACCCCGAGGAGGGGCUGGAGCUGCUGCCCGACUUCGUGCCGCUCCCCGGCUUCGGCAGCGGCCCCGGGGCAGGGGUGGAGGCGGCGGGGCACAAGCUGCUGCUCGGGGCCGGUAAGAAGCGAGAGAUGGCGGCGGGGGCGGCCGCCUCCCCCUCGGCGCUGCCGGGGUCCUACACACUGCGGCCGCCCGGCGGCACCCGGAGCGGCGCGGCGCUGAGGCUCAUCCCCGCCGCGGCGCCCCCGGGCUCGGCAGCGGGGGGAGGAGCCGGCGGCAGGGGCGGCCCGGAGGCGGCUCUGUUGGCGGCCGGGUCCCCUGCGGAGCUGCCGCUGCUGAAGCUGCCGGCCGCGGCGGACCUGGAGCAGCUGCUGAUCCAAGGCAGCGCCGGCCUGGGCCCCGCCAGCCCCUGCCCCGCCGCCGCCCCGCCCCCCGCGGCCGGGCCCUUCCUCUACCGCCAGCAGGUGACGCAGGAGCAGGAGGGAUUCGCCGACGGCUUCGUCAAGGCCCUGGCCGACCUGCACAAGCAGAACCAGCUGCUAGGGGCGCCGCUCUCCCCGGGGCCCUGCCGGCCCGCCACCGACCCGCCCGCCGUCUACACCACCCUCGGCACCUUCAACCCGGCCGGGCCGCUCAGCCCCGCGGGCGGCGCCUACUCCGCCGCCCCGCCGGGCCUGCCCUUCCCCGCCCCCGCCCCGCCGGGGCUGGGCAGCGGCCGCCUCCCCGCUCCCGGCGCCGCCAGGGCCCUGGAGGAGCCGCAGACUGUGCCCGAGGCGCCUCCGCCGGGCGAGGCCGGCAGCAGCGCCCCGACGCCGCCUUCGCUGUCGCCGCUGGACGCGGAGAGCCAGGAGCGGCUGAAGGCCGAGCGGAAGCGGCUGCGGAACCGCAUCGCGGCCUCCAAGUGCCGGCGGCGGAAGCUGGAGCGGAUCGCGCGGCUGGAGGAGAAGGUGAAGGCGCUGAAGGGGCAGAACGCCGAGCUGGCCGCCACCGCCAGCCUGCUGCGGGCCCAGGUCACCCAGCUGCAGGGCCGCGUCCGCAGCCACCUCUCCAGCGGCUGCCACAUCAGCGCCGCGGGCCCGCCCGCCCCGCCGCCGCCGGAGGGCCCCGCCGAGCCCGCCGCGCCGGAGACCAGCGCCUGCUGA